AUGGUGUCCACCCGUCGCAAGCGCCGUAGCUCCGAUGAAGACGAUGAUGAGACCCAACUUCUAGAUCCUCAAGAAGCCGAAGCGGCGCUACAAGCAGCCGAGUCCACUCGCCUAGCCAAGGCCAAGCGCAAAAAAGUGGAAGCCUUUCAACGCAACCACCCACCAUUCGAAAUUAUUGCUUCAGAAGUGGUGAAUCUAAUCCUUUCAUUCUUGGCCGACCCAAUGCAAGUCUAUAGUUUAUCCAAAUGCUCCAAAUUCAUUCGGGAUGCCAUCACACCAGAGGUUGUCAUUCGCUCCAGCGUCUUUGCGGGUGGAAAGUCCAGGGCCGUCAUUGGUGACGUCAUGACACUGGUGCAGAUGGGAGUAAUCCACGUCCCAUCCACCUUUCGUCUCCUUCGCAUUGUACAAGCCAAGCGCUGUGAACGAGGAGAGCUGUGCCAUCACUACAAUCUCGUGACUCGCAAAGCCGAAAGCAUUUCGAAAACAAAAAUCCGUCCACUCGGCAUAGCUCUGUGCCAGGACUGCACAUUUGGCCUCACCACGAAGUGUUUUCAUUCGAGAGACGAUACUUUAUGUGCCAACGGCAAAGCCUUUUACAACUUGCCAAACCAGGAUAUCGUAGAAGCGGCUACGGGAGAGCAGGUUGGUCCUUGGCUCUUGGCUCACAAAGCGAAACAAGUCCUCUGUUCCUACACGAGCGAUGAGGACAAGAAGGACGCCUUCGUCAAGAUGGAAGAGGAAUUUCUCCAGAGUGUCCAGAACGACUACCGAGAAUCGAUCAUUGCAAUUCACACCAAGGCUGAAGAAGAGUAUGAGGGGUUCCAAACAGCCAAGAAGGAACUCGAGCGUCAGAAGCGAGAGCAAAAGACUGAGUCUCGGGCUGCAAAGAAGAAAGCAAGCGUUCAAGCUGUGUUGGAGAAAUUGCAUGAAGCACUAGAAGGGUAUGAAAAUCCUUCGAAGCAGCUGAUGCUCGAAGGGACGUUUGAUGACAACGGGAUUUUCACUCUGCUUAUGGGCCCGUCCGUGGCAAUCUUAGGCGACCUGCUUGCGGCUCCGAGCAGCGCAUCCGCGAAGAAGAUCGCGGCGGCCUGUGACAGAGCAAAGCUGGUGUACACGCAAUUGUCGGCCAACAACUUCCUUUCUCCUCGCGAACAGCUCAUUCCGCGCUGUCCGUCCCGCAACCUUCGAGCGGUCGUGGGUUUGCGACGCUAUAUCCAAAAAAAUAUGUCGGAGGACUACCUCCGAAAUAGUUGGCCUUGGGAUCGCCAUUUCUACGAGCCGUUCGUCGACUGCCUAGUAGAAAAAGGGAAUAUGUCCCAAGCUGUAUUUUUCGGCAUUGAUUACGCAUACAAACGGAAAGAGGCCUUCGUCGACUACGUUGUGAAAGACGAGACCCCUCUCGCGUUCCAAGGCAAGUGUCGAAAGCUUGCAAAUGCAAUCUUCAAAGCUGAUGCUUGUCGCGACUAUGACGAGUAUUGCCAGCACUUUGACACGAGCUUUCGUGACUACAAGCUACUGAAGAACAACUUCACAGACUAUCUCCAAAACCCGGCGACUUCGGAAUUUCUGGCUGGUGACAACUUGAACCGUGCGUUUACGCGUGAAAAGGCCGUGGAUACCGCCGUGUACCGGGAGAACAUGAUCAACCUGUUGCGAACGCGCCGUUUCGAUGAUUUGCUCAAUCAUCACCGCCGUUGUUUCCGUUUGGGGUAUGCAUAUGCCUAA